AUGGAAGAAAUUCAUGAACAAGAAGAAUCGAGUAAUCAUCAGUCGGACUCAAUCACUGCAGAAACAACUGAAGAUGGGCCGGGAAAAGAAUAUGAAAUUUAUACGAGAAACGAGGAAUUAGUCGACAAGUUGAAACUUCUGAACUACGAGGAAGGAUUUUUGAAGCUCGGUGUCGCUUACAAACCAAUUUUGAAACACUAUUUCGUGAAAUCCAGAAACGUGGGUGAACAAUUCUUUUUGUUCACUUCUUUGGCUGCUUGGUUGAUAAGGAAAUCAGGAGAUGAUUCGUAUAAUAUGCCACAGGAAUUUGAUGAUCCGAACUCAACAAUUGCAAAUAUUAUGGCUGGCGCAAAAAGCAAGGUGAGGUUGAGUCUUAUUUAUGGAUAG